GAAGCGAGUGAAGCGGCAGAUUCGCAGAUUCUGAGCGCACUGGACUCAUCAGAGCGGAGACUGAUGAGAGUAAACGGAUGAAGCGCUUUGGUCUAGUUUACAGUUACUGACUGAGACGGAGGGAGUUAGAGUUAUAGGUGGUUCAUCAUUCAGACAGACAGAGGAAAACAGUCUAAUGUAAAAGCUGCAUUUUGGUUCUUUGGCACCUUUUGCACUUUGAGCUGCUAUAAAAGCUGAAGGUUAAAGUUCCGCUGGUUUGUGUGUCGCGUGACUUGGCGGUACUCACACUUGCUCCGUCGGCAGAGCUGCUAGAGAAGACUGACCACGCUGACCACGAGGAAGAGAACCAAGCGUAAAAAAUGCAUAUAGUGAUUAGGAAAUUCCAGCCCUCAGACCGUGAGGCUGUGACAGCUAUAUUUCGAGAUGGAAUCCAGGAGCACAUCAUCCCGUCCCUCACUCAUGCCAUUUCUCAGCCACUCCACAUCACUGUGACCCUGUGCUUUUUCACUGUGGGCUAUACACUAGGUGGAGGAUCAGUUGUCCUGGCCCUGCUGGCUGGAGGUUUGUGGAUAGGUCUGCUGUACUACUGCUGCUAUGAGCUCUAUGCAGGUUUUGUCAGAUUAAAGCUGAACACAGACAUGCGGGACAUUGCAGGCUUCUACCUCAGCAGUCCAGAUAACUACUUCUGGGUCGCUGAGGCUGAGGUCAACGGGCGGCCUCACAUCAUGGGUAUGGUGGCUGUGGUGGCCAAAGAACUUCCAGACAGCGGGCAAAAGUAUGGAGAACUUUUCCGAAUGACCGUGUCGUCCACAUCUCGCCGCACUGGCCUCGGCUCCCGACUCGUCCAAACGGUCAUAGACUUUUGUAAAGAGCGAGGGUUCUCGAAGAUUAUGCUUGAGACUAGUUCUACACAGACAGCAGCUGUGGCUCUCUACAGUAAGAUGGGCUUUACACUUGUGCAGACUCACGAGCAAGCUGAGGCUCCUUGGUGGGUCCUCCGGCUGGUCAGAGUUACAGUUCUGAGGAUGGAGAAAAUCCUACAGCCAUGUGAAGGGAUGUAGAUUAUCUCUCGACUCAAAGAAUCCUUUGCAUGAUUAAAAGGUUCUUUGCAUCAUGAAAGGGUUCUUCAGAUUGAUGGAGAAUGUGCUGAAGACAGAUGUAUAGAACCU